CUUAUUUUAUCGUUAAACCUGAACUCGAUCAAUAUGUCUGGAGUCAGUAGUGAUCAGCUGCACAAAUCAACUUUAUCUGUCUAUUCGAACUUGAUGGAGCACUUCAACCCGGGCCUUCAGAAGCUCGUUGCUCUUGGAAACAGCUACAUCAAGGCCUUUCAAGCCUUAGGCGUUUGCAGUGAGGCCUAUUUCAGCGCUGUGGCUAAGAUGGGCGACCAGGCACUUCACACACUUUCAUCUCGCUCCCUUGGGGACGUCCUGAUCCAGAUUUCAGAAACACAGAGGAGGCUCACUGCAGAGAUGGAGGGAGUGUUUCGAUGGUUCCAGAUAGAAGUGUUGCAAGCAAUGGAGAAGAAUAUCAAGUUGGACGAGGAGUAUAUCGAUGGCAGUCGCAGAGUGUACGAGCUGGAAGUAAGAAACCAAGCAGAGGCUUUGGAGAAGCAGCUCAGACGGGGAACCUACAGAGACUCUCUGGAGAACAGUGAAUACAUGCUGUACCUGCGGCAGAGCCAUCAGGAGAUCUUAAAGGAGGAGGAGAGGAGGUAUCGCUUCUUGGCGGAGAAACACUGUGGCCUCACUCAGUCACUGCUGUUCCUAAUUAACAAGACUGGUGCAUCUCUCCAGCAGAAGGCAGACGGAUGGAAGGAGAAAGUGAACGACACCAAAGUCUCCAGAUCUCGAACACCCACCCAUUCGGAGCAAGAGGCACAGCUGCGAGGUUCAGUGAGCUCCCUCCUGCAGACAGUAGCCAGAGAUGAGGAUAUGUCCUGGGCCAGGCGGGAGCAGCAGGCACUGGGCAGAGUCCCUUCUAGAGCACCGUCUCCCCUCCCCAGCCGCUCUCGCUCCAGUUCAGUGGGGGAAUCUUUAGGCCUGGGAGGAGGGAGAGUCAUGAGAGCGCUGGUCUCUCAUCCCUCCUCAUCCAACCCAAAGCUCCUGCCUUUCAACAGGGGUGAAACUGUUAUCGUCCUGGUCCAGGAGCCACGCAACGGGUGGCUGUAUGGGCGCACUGACAGCAGCCUGCGUCAGGGCUGGUUCCCUGCUGCAUACGUGGCCCCUAUUGAGGAUUUCUCCAAUAAUUUAGCAACAAGUGGCAGUUCUCUAAGAAGUCACAGUAUGAACAAUCUGAAUGACAGUGACACGUACGCCGACCAGUCAGAGAGCAAGAGUUAUGGAGACGUCCCACCCCCGGCCACACCCAAUCGUAGAGCCUCAGUGGACUUCAGGCCUAUCUCUCCACUCCCUGAGAAGAAGGGAGAAGAGGCGUUGGAGACGAAGCCGAGUCAAACAAGGAGCUACAAUGAACAUCCACUUCCUCCCCCACCGCCUCCCCCUCCACCAAUUCAGAAUGCAAGGAGGAGUUCAGGAGAUUUUCGGCCCACCUCUCCACUAACUGACAGAAAGGGUGGAGCAGCAUCUGACGUCCAGGCAUUAUCACCACAUGGACCCCAUGAAAACCCACUGUUUCCCAGAGGCACAAACCCAUUCGCCACGGUAAAGCUUCGUCCCACGACGACCAAUGACAGAUCUGCUCCUCAGAUCCAUUAAUCCAUUGGCAGUCGUGCAUGCAGGGUUUGUUACUGAUGCUGUGAGAUCAGGAUGUGGAGGCAGGACAUACAUUUUUGGUAGUGAAUGACGUGACGUGUCUGAAAUGUGAAUGCUCUGAGUGAAAUGGCCAGAAGGUUUGUACAGUUUUAACAUAAGGUAUAUCCCAUACCAAAGAAGAUACUGUAAUACACAUAGAUUAAAGAUUAAAACCAUUAAGUUGAUCAUAGAAUUAAUUCAGACAGGGCACAAAGACAAGCUGAGCUGAGCAGUCUCAGCCCACAUUAGCUCAUAGACAUCCCUUUAAUAAUUUCAUAUAAGGAACACUGAUUAACCUUUGAGUGACUAAUUUUUAGUUGUAAAAACUUCCUACUAUGAACUUACCUACAGUUAUGGUAAAUUGUAAGGUUUUAUAUAUCAGGACAGGGUAAAACUAAUCUGGUCCUUACCAGGUUUUAAAA